CAGCCGCCUGGGCAGACCCGGCGAAAGGCGGCGGCGGGAGCGGCAGUGAUGGACGGGUCCGGGGAGCAACCCAGAGACGGGGGGCCCACCAGCUCUGAGCAGAUCAUGAAGACAGGGGCCCUUUUACUUCAGGGUUUCAUCCGGGAUCGAGCAGGGAGAAUUGGGGGAGACACACCCGAGCUGGCCCUGGAGCCCAGGGUGACCCCGGACGCAUCCACCAAGAAGCUGAGCGAUUGUCUCAAGCGCAUUGGAGAUGAACUGGACAGUAACGUGGAGCUGCAGAGGAUGAUCUCAGCCGUGGACACAAACUCCCCCCGCGAGGUCUUUUUCCGAGUGGCAUCCGAAAUGUUUUCUGACGGCAACUUCAACUGGGGCCGGGUUGUCGCCCUCUUCUACUUUGCCAGCAAACUGGUGCUCAAGGCCCUAUGCACCAGAGUGCCUGAGCUCAUCAAGACCAUCAUGGGCUGGACACUGGACUUCCUUCGAGAGCGGCUGCUGGGCUGGAUCCAGGACCAGGGUGGUUGGGACGGUCUCCUCUCCUACUUUGGGACACCCACGUGGCAGACGCUGACCAUCUUCGUGGCGGGAGUGCUCACUGCCUCACUAACCAUCUGGAAGAACAUGGGCUGAGGCCACCAGCUGCCUUGGACUAUGUCUUUUCUGAAUAAAUUACAGCAUUUUUCCAGGAGGGGUGGGGUUGGGGGCCAG